AUGGCUUUUGGUAUCCAGCUUCCAUCUACACCGACGUCUCAACGCACUUUAAGGCUGAAGCCAGGGACACCUAAACUUAGGCCAGACAAAACAAUUUUGGAUUUUGACAAUGAUGGUUCUUACGUAGAAGAGGAGGAUGCCACUUACACGGAAUCCAUAAAUAUUAGUGCCGAUGAAUUUGAAAGUGAUAAUAUUGAUCUUGAUGAUGAAGUCAUUGAGGUUGAAGCCGAGGUUGUUGAUAUCCAAGAGACCACUGAAAAAGAUGGCACGUCCCCUAAAAGGCACAGUGAGAGACUGUCGUUACAGAAGUUUUUGGUAAAGCAUGAAAUACCUAGAAAAGUAUUUCAUUCAUCCAUUGGAUUUGUCACUCUAUACUUGUAUUCCAUCGGUAUGAAUCCAAACCAGUUGCUUCUUCCCUUCUGUACUAUAUGUGGAAUUAUUUUUACAAGUGACUUUCUUCGCUUAAGGAACCCAGGAUUUAACAAAGCCUUUGUGAAAAACUUUUGGUUUAUAAUAAGAGACAACGAAGUCAAUUCUUACAAUGGAACCUUUUGGUAUAUAUUGGGAAUAAUACUAGUAACGCUAUUUUUAUCCAAGGACAUGUUGGUGAUGAGCGCAGUAUUGUUAAGCUGGGCGGAUACGUCUGCUUCGACUUUCGGUAGACUCUACGGAAAAUAUACUUUUCAAAUUAGAAAGGGAAAAUCAUUUGCUGGAUCUGCUGCGAGCUUUAUUACAGGCGUAUUCAGCUCUUAUUUAUUUUAUGGUUAUUUUGUGACAAAGUAUGGACCAAAGGUUGAUAGUCCAGGUGAAAUUGCAUGGACACCGGAAACCAGUAAAUUAAAUCUUUUCUGGUACUCGCUUGCAUGCGGAUUGAUUGCAAGUGUAUCCGAAUUUAUAGAUUUGUUUGGUUUGGAUGAUAACUUCACCAUUCCCGUCUUGAGCGGUUCAUUCCUCUUUGGACUUGUAAAGUUGUUUCAUAAUUAA